CUUUCUUAUUAGAUACCCAUUAUGGCUUCAUCAUCAACACCUAAAUAUAAUUCAAACUCUUUGGAGAGCUCCUCAAUUAAAAGGACUCUAAAAGAUGGAACUAACUGGGAACAAAAUGAGGAAAUACCUCGGCUGCCAGGAGAAACUAGAGUUACAGACAAGGAUGUAAUUUAUAUGUGUCCGUUCAAUGGCCCUGUUAAAGGACGAGUGUACAUCACGAACUACAGACUGUACCUAAGAAGUGUGGAAACGGACCCUGUUGUGGUGUUGAAUGUUCCUUUGGGUGUAAUUUCAAGGAUUGAAAAAAUGGGAGGUGCCUCAAGCAGAGGAGAGAAUUCUUAUGGAUUAGAUAUAACGUGUAAAGAUAUGAGAAACUUAAGGUUUGCACUAAAGCAAGAAGGGCACAGUAGAAGAGAUAUAUUUGAAGUCCUCACAAAACAUGCUUUUCCCCAGUCACAUAACUUGCCUUUUUUUGCUUUUGCAAAUGAAGAGAAGUUUUCUGAAAAUGGAUGGAUGGUCUAUAAUCCCAUGCGUGAAUACAGGAGACAAGGACUGCCCAAUGAACGGUGGCGCGUGACUUUCAUUAAUGAGCACUAUGGACUGUGUGACACGUAUCCAUCGCUCUUAGUAGUGCCAUAUAAUGCAACGGACGAUGACCUCAAGAAAGUGGCUGCCUUUAGAUCCCGAAAUAGAAUCCCUGUUUUGUCAUGGAUUCAUCCAGAGAAUCAAGCUGUUAUUAUGCGCUGCAGUCAGCCCCUCGUUGGCAUGAGUGGCAAGCGGAAUAAAGACGAUGAAAGAUAUCUUGAUAUCAUCAGGGAGGCUAACGGGCAGAUCUCAAAACUGACCAUCUAUGAUGCUAGGCCCAGCGUCAAUGCAGUCGCCAACAAGGCAACUGGUGGAGGAUAUGAGAGUGAAGAUGCAUAUCCCAAUGCAGAACUCUUCUUCUUGGACAUUCAUAAUAUUCAUGUCAUGCGGGAAUCUUUAAAGAAGUUGAAAGACAUUGUUUAUCCUAAUGUGGAAGAAUCACACUGGUUGUCUAGUCUGGAAUCAACCCAUUGGCUAGAACACAUAAAGCUGGUCUUAACAGGAGCUAUUCAAGUGGCAGACAGGGUGUCCUCUGGAAGGAGCUCUGUGCUAGUUCACUGCAGCGAUGGUUGGGACCGGACGGCGCAGCUCACGUCGCUGGCCAUGCUGAUGCUAGACAGCUACUACAGAACCAUUGAAGGUUUUGAAGUUCUCGUGCAAAAGGAGUGGAUAAGCUUUGGACACAAAUUUGCAUCGAGAAUAGGCCAUGGUGAUAAAAAUCAUGCUGAUGCAGACAGAUCACCCAUCUUUCUCCAGUAUAUUGACUGUGUGUGGCAGAUGUCUAAGCAGUUUCCUACAGCCUUUGAAUUCAAUGAGCAAUUCUUGAUUACAAUCCUGGAUCACUUGUACAGCUGCCGAUUUGGUACUUUCUUGUACAACAGUGAAUUUGUUAGAGAAAAAGAGAAAGUGACUGAGAAAACAUUGUCAUUGUGGUCUUUGAUAAACAGUGAAAAAUCUAAAUUCACCAAUCCUUUUUAUACUAAAGAGCUAAAUCGAGCGCUGUAUCCGGUAGCCAGCAUGCGUCACCUAGAACUUUGGGUCAAUUAUUACAUCAGAUGGAACCCAAGAAUUCGGCAACAACAGCCAAAUCCAGUGGAGCAGCGUUACAUGGAACUCCUUGCAUUACGUGAUGAUUAUAUGAGGAGACUUGAGGAACUACAGAUCACAAACAAUUCUAAGAUACCCAAUUCAUCAUCCUCAUCAGCGUCUCCCUCACAAAUGAUGUCCCAUGUACAAACCCAUUUUUGAGGAAAAUGUUGGCUUUUCUGUACAUUGUAAUAACAAGAGGUGAUUAGCAUAUAUGUGUAAUAUAAAGACAAAUGUUUUAAUGCCUUACAUUGGAUUGUGUCCUAACACAAAAUAUUUUAGACUGCCUUCAUUUAAGGAGGAUUU